AUGGCUAUUCCAACACAAGUUCGUCUAGGUGCUACCGGGUUGAAGAUAUCUCCUAUUGUCGUGGGAUGUAUGUCGUAUGGAUCAAAAUCCUGGGCACCCUGGAUUUUGGAAGACAAGGAAGAAGUCUUCAAGAUUUUAAAGCACUGCUACGAUUCGGGACUCCGUACAUUUGACACUGCAGAUGUUUAUAGCAAUGGCCAAAGCGAAAGGUUAUUGGGUGAAUUUUUGAGACACUUCAAGAUCAACAGAGAAACAGUGGUUAUUCUGUCCAAGGUUUACUUUCCUGUAGACGAGUCCAUUGAUUUGAAUAUGAAAAAAAUCGCUGAAGGCGACCAAGCUCUUGAGUGGACGCUUGCCAAUCAGAGAGGUCUUUCACGGAAACACAUCAUCGAUGGCGUGGGAAAAUCAGUGGAGAGGUUGGGGACCUACAUCGAUCUCCUUCAAAUCCACAGAUUUGACCCUGAAACCCCAAUGGAGGAGACCAUGAAGGCCCUGAAUGAUGUUGUGGAGAUGGGUCAUGCUCGUUACAUUGGUGCCUCUUCUAUGCUUGCCACUGAACUAGCCGACUUGCAAUUCACGGCUGAGCGGAACCAUUGGUUCAAGUUCAUUAGCAGCCAAUCUCAGUAUAACCUUUUGUAUCGCGAGGACGAGAGGGAGCUGAUUCCAUAUGCCAAACGCCACGGACUCGGUCUAAUUCCAUGGUCUCCCAAUGCUAGGGGGCUGUUGACCAGACCGGUAGGUGAAACGACUGAAAGGUCGAACAGCGAUGGCCGUCUGAGAAAUCUCAAGGAAGAAGACAUCCAAAUUAUUAACCGUGUAGAGGAGGUGGCCCGCAAGCGCGGUGUUACUAUGGCCACCAUUUCUAAUGCCUGGGUUUUGAGCAAAGGCUGCUACCCCAUUGUGGGUAUGAGCUCCACCACAAGGGUCGAUGAGGCGGUUGCUGCGAUUUCUUUCGAACUAAGUGAUGAAGAUGUCAAGUACAUUGAACAGCCCUAUGAACCCAAACCUUACAACUUUUGA